AUGGCUGAGACGAUUGCCUAUCGACCUCAUCCUGGCAAUGCCCAUCAUGGGCGACCGAGGUCUCUCUCCUCCAAUUCGGGUUCCCAUCAAUCCUCCCUCUCCCACACUCCUUCGCACUAUAAAGUCUCCUCGCAAAGCUCUUUAGUUCCCCCGUCCCCUAGAGGGUCUCAUCGAUCUUCGCAGAGGAUAUCUACUGUCCCAGAGGAUGGACCCUAUCGUCCCACGAAACGUCUCAAAUCCCAGUACCCUCUGCACUCGACUGAACCACAUGUGGAAUACAUUCUUGUCGCCUCCUUUGACAUUGAUCGAGGCCCUAUUAUGGAGCAUCAAUUCCCUGGUGCAAUCAGUCCUGACGAAAAUAUGUUGGCUGAAUUGAUGCUUCCCGAUCAAACACAUGUGCGGCAACAGGAUUGGACAAUAUUUUUCCUCCACAAGGAUGCCGGCAACAGUGAGGAAGAAGCAGCAGCAGAACGAGAGGCCCGAAGAGAACGUCGAGCCGCUCGACGUCGCGCGAGAGAAGCCGGCGACGCUGCCGGCGUUGAAAUGGAUGAGUACGGUGAAGAAACCAGCAGUGAUGAAAGCGAUGCAGCUGGCUUGGAGAGUCCACCUUUGAUGUAUGUCUUGAAUCUGGUCAACACCAAGCAAGACAGCACCGUCAAAAGAGGAGCUGUUGUUAAAGCCAUGGCCAUAUGUACGAGGCAUUCAUUUCUGCACAUAUACAAGCCGCUAUUGCUGCUCGCUCUUGAAGAUUACUUUAAAUCCCCCACCCCGGAUACCCUAGAGUUGUUAUACAGCGCUCUUAACGCGAUGGACUUGUCGCUUAUGCCGCGACUCUCGCAUCUCGAGCGACAUAUACUACAGGCAAGCGACUCAAAGGACUUAUUUGUUGAGAAGUUUGAACAAAUGAUUUCACAACGAUUGGCGGACGAGGCUCUCGGGAAAGCGCCGGAGGCUCCAGAAUCCCCGAUCAAGUCGGAACCCAAAUACACAGUUCCUCGUGACACUCACGAAUUUGAGUCCAAGAUUGUAUACAAUGGGAUCCCGAUCCCGGUCAAAAUCCCCACGGCUCUGUCCCCCGAAACAGUGGGUGACUUCUCCCUCAUCAAACUGGUUCAAACCUUUGGCAAUCCACAUACGUCACAGCCCCAGCCGUUUGCAUUACAUCCCCAUCUCACAACCUCAGGAGCUUUUACUCAUCCGAUCAUUGUUCUCAUCAAUGCCAUGCUCACGCAGAAACGAGUGAUCUUCCUCGGACACAACCGACCUUCGGGAGAAGUGGCGGAAGCGGUCCUUGCGGCAUGUGCAUUGGCAUCUGGCGGUGUCCUUCGUGGAUUCACGCGGCACGCAUUUCCCUAUACCGAUCUCACCAAGAUUGAUGAACUACUGAAAGUCCCGGGUUUCAUCGCGGGAGUCACUAAUCCGGCAUUCUCAUACCACCCAGAAUGGUGGGAUUUGUUGUGUGACUUGCCAUCUGGAAGAAUGAAAGUGUCGUCCUGCAUUGAGCCCGCUCAAGUCACCGAGGGGACCACGUAUUUCCAACAACAUGGCCAUGCAGUGCUCAAUCAGAAGGAUUCGGGCCACGCGGACGCUACAGGGGAUGUUCAUUUCAUGGAGGACAUCAGCCGAAGUAUCGCAUCACGCCAUGGGGAAUCCAUUAUUCGGGCCAAAUUUCGAGCAUAUAUCACGAAAUUCACCCGCAUCGCAGCCGCUUUCGAGGAAACCGUGUAUGGAGCCAGCAGCCUCACCGUGAUUCCUCCAACAGAGGUGGAUGAGGUUGAGACACCAGCGGCCACCACCAUUCCGCCUCGACCAAUGUCUUUGAAAACUUCAAGCAGGAAUUUGAAAGGUCAUGGGUAUGUCUGGCCAAGCGACGAGGCUAAAACUCGUGAACUAGCAGCUUCAGCGGCCAGAAUUGAAGGCUGGAGAAACACUCGAUCCUACUAUGCAUUCAUCUCGGAUUUGGCGGCACACUCUCAGGACCCCACUUCACCGACUUCGCCCGUCAGCAUGACCAACAUGCUUUCACGAGCACCAAGCAAACCCUAUGUUGAUCUCUAUCAUUCGUUGUCCAAGCUCAGAACCCUGCGGCUGACCUCGACGGAAGCCGGGGCAAUUUACCUCGCUCUCGAAGCGUACUGUACGGAUUAUGACAGUAUUCUUGAGCUGUUGGAAAUGGCGCCAAUGUCGGAAUCGGGACUCUUUUACGUCGGUCUCGGACUUUGGCACGAAGACUCGAGAGUUCGGGGAGCGGUGGCUACUUUGCUGGACCGGGUUCGGGCCCAUCCAGCUGGACGAGUCUUCUUUAGCCGACUGGGAGGGUGGGCAAAGAUGGGCUUUAUCAGAUGUUCACAAGAAAAAGAAGUAAAACUACGUGGGCAGCAACAGGAUCUGGAUGAUUUACUCGCUCCACUCACCUUUGACGGAGACAGUCGACGCAGUUGA